UGAGCAAUGGGCAGCUUUCGCCCAUUUGAACUUCUUUGGAAGUGUCGCGUGACACCAUCAGCCUCUGUCUUGAGAUUUCGUGUGGCUGACGGACUUCCGCUUGGAGGAUUAGGACGAACCGCGCCUACAGGUGUGAAAGUUCGCCUGCCUUCGACAGAAGUGGAAAAAUCAUAUUCUCCAGUCACCCAUCCGGCGAAGGCUGGAUCAUUUGAUUUGCUGGUCAAAGCUUAUCCCCCUCGAGAAGGAGGAGGAGUUGGAGCAUACCUUUGUGGAUUGGAGCCAGGUGAGAGUGCCCUCAUGAAAGUCAAGCCAGCUGAGUUUAGUCAUUUGGCCGGAUCGCCUUUGCGGCCUGGCAGAUGGGACCAGCUGGGUUUGGUCGCUUGCGGCACUGGUGUGGCUCCGCUUUUCCAAGUGGCCUCUGAAGUUCUGGCUUGGAACAAUGGCACACGAGUGUCUAUGGUUCUGGCAUGCCGGAAUGAAGAGGAAAUCUUGAUGCGCCCGGAAUUGGAAGAAAUGGCAAAGAACCCAUGCUUUCAUUUCCACGUGCAGCUCAGCAGCCCAAAACUUACUGGGUGGCCCAGAGCUGCGAGCGGCCGCAUAACAGCCGAAACACUCCAAAACUGUCUGCCAUUGCCUGGCGAGCGCUCCAUGAUCUUGGUUUGUGGCACCGAUGGCUUCGUCGAGACAAUGGCUGGGCCGAUUCAGCGAGUGAAGCUGCCCGAUGGGAAAAAGAGGAAAGUCCAAGGACCUUUGUCUGGCUACCUUGCACAGCUAGGCUUUGCGGCGGAUCAAGUGCACAAAUUCUGAGACUUUUAGUGCUGCAAAAAAGAAC